AGAUCUUCUAAGUCCUGGGAAGGUUCGUUCUUAGUCAAGAGCAUCAUCUAUCCCGGUCCACACAUUACGCGAUCACACGAUGGAAUCAUUGCUGCGACAAUUGAGUAUUUGCAACGAGUUGAUUGCACAAGGUCCCGCCUGCCCUGUGGGAAAUAUUGCCUGGCUAAAUGAGUUCUGUGCCACAUUUCUGGACUUUGCAAGUGAACUCAAAGCACACUUGCCGGAAAUAGCCCCCAGAUGGGGGGCGCCCGAAGGCGGCAACAACAUAGAAGUAGAGACGAUCUUCCUGUGCCUCACACAGGUCGUUACUUGCAUCACUCAACUGGAGAGGACCAUCAACAUCGAAAGCAAAUUCGGACACGAGACAACGCCAAUGACGCGACUGCACUUCCUUGACCGAAUCGACUGGUGUGUGCGUCGGAUCUAUGUCUCCCUGUCGCAGUUAGAUCUGCAUCUGGAGAGUGGUGCUGCGGAUAACUUAGAGGAUCACACAUUUGUUGAGUUAAUGGACCUGGCACUAGAUCAUCUGGAAGCCUUUAUGGAAGGGCUCGGGAAUACUACUAGCAAUUUCCUGUACAUCGAGGAAGAAAAUGAUACUAAUGACGCCUGCCAGCUCGGUAGCAUAAUCAAUCAUAUUGUCAGACAUGCCCUGGCAUUUGCUAACGUUGCCUUGGAAGCCGAUAAGAAGGCACUGUCAGAACUGUGCGAGACGUUGCUGAGUGAAUGCGCUACCUUCCUCGAGGGUUCCGCGGAGCUCAACCCCGGGCAUCGCAAGCUAGAAGCCCUGUCCCUAGAGCGUGCCCUCUAUGGUUUGGAGACAUUUCUGAACGAGGCUCUGUUGCAUUCGAUCUUUGCUAGUCUUGUCGAGCUAGAAAACACUCCCAUCAAUAGACUGAGGCAUGCCCUACAGGAGCAGGAAUUGGAAUCUGGAUUAACUGAGAAACUGGUUUUAGAUUUCGACACGAACAUGGACCGCAUUCAACAGAUAGGAGUGCUGGCCAUAGCCUUCUCGCAAGACGUCAAAACCAAGACCAUUGUGCGGAGUUGCCUGGCCUCCCUGGAGUCCCUGGACGCAUGCAUUGUUCCAGCGUUGCAGUCGUCGGCCUUGCACCAUGCAGAUAUACUGGAGCACCACUUCAACGACGAGAUGCUGAUCUUUCGCAAUCUCAUACACGACAUAAUCGACAGUCGCUCCCUGGUCAACAACUACCUGGACAUGCUCGCGGAAAGUCUUCACAUCCACAUAGCGGGGAAGAGUCUUCCCAGCGAGUACCUGCUAAUUGUUCAAAUGGGCAGUGUCUUGGCCGAGCACUUUCGACUGCCGGUAAACUACUCUGCGCUCAGCGACGAUGGGAAGCGCGUGCACAAGGAUCUGAUAUUGAUAUUGCGCGAGUGCCUUGCUGCAGUCAGCUUGGCCACUCCAGUAGACCCCAAACGUAUUGUUAAACGCUUGAAAAUAUUGUACUCUGUUCUGGCAAAGCUGCGCGAUGUCAUAGAUAAGAACGUCCACGAUUCUGUAUUUAAUUUAAGUUCGAGGAGACAGAUCACCAAUGCGACCCGAACCCUGCUCCGAAGCUGCAAGUCAAAAUCUAAAAGACAGCGUUCAUUUGUGAAGCAAAGUAAGGAUAGCGUUGUUCCCGAUCCACACAAUUAUACGAGUAGCAUUGCGAAUUCUAUAAAUAAUGAUGGUGAUCUUAUAAGUUUUGAGCUCACGGAAAUUCUCAGAAUAAAUUGAACUCGAAUUA